AUGACUGAUUUUCUUGUUUCCAAAGCUUUAGAUCUGCUGACAACAGUCACUGUUGGCCAGAUAGAGCACAAUGUUAAGCUUGUUUUUGGUGUCAAGAAUGAGGUCAAAAUGCUUACUAGCAAUCUGCAAUCCAUCCAAGCUGUGCUCGUUGAUGCGGAGAACAGGCAACUGAAGGAGGAAAUUGUUAAGCUUUGGCUCCGCAAGCUAAAAAACAUAACAUAUGACAUUGAUGAUGUGUUGGAUGAGUGGAACACUGAAAUUCUGAAAUCAAAAGUCGAGGGAGAUGAACAUGAAAAUGCUUUGAAACCUAAAAGGAUUAAGGUAUGGCCUUUUGUCUUAUCCUUCUGCUUUUGUUUUCGUGAAGUUAGUUUUCGCCGUAAUAUUGCUGUCAAGAUAAGAGAGCUAAAUGAAAGUCUAGAUGUGAUUGCCAAAGAAAAAGAAAGAUAUAGUUUUUCAUUGAUAAAAGGCCAUGAAAACAUUGAACGAGUAAUGACUACCUCUUUCAUCAAUAUAGCAGAGGUAAAAGGUAGACAUCAUGAUAAAAUUGCAUUGAUAGACUUGUUUAGGGAUGGGGGGGGGGGGGGGGGGGUUGGCAAAACAACUUUUGCCAAACUAGUCUACAACGAAAAAAGGAUAAAAGCUCGUUUUGAUGCACAAAUAUGGGUUUGUGUCUCUGAUCCCUUUGAUGUGAUUAGGAUUGCUAAUGCAAUCCUUGAAUCUCUUACAAAACCAAACUCAAUUCUUGUUGAAUUGCAAAACAUUGUAAAAGAAAUUCAACAUAUUUUAGGAAAAAGGUUUUUACUUGUUCUAGAUGAUGUGUGGAACGAAGACUAUAGAAAAUGGGAACAACUAAAAUCUUUUAUCGAAUGUGGUGCACCAGGAAGUAAAAUUUUGGUCACCACUCGUAAGGAGGUUGUUGCAAGAACAAUGGAUAGUGUAAAUAUAAUCAAACUUAGACUUUUGUCCGACAAGGAAUGUUGGGAGAUAUUUACUAAUGUUGCAUUUUUCCAAAGGCCUACUAAUGACUGUGUAGUUUUAGAAGAGAUUGGGAGAAAAAUUGUGAGUAAGUGUAAGGGUUUGCCUCUUGCUGUAAAGACGAUAGCAAGCCUUUUGCGCUUUAAGAAGUCUAGAAGAGAGUGGCAAGAUGUGUUAAAUAGUGAAUCAUGGCAACUGAAGAAAGUUGAAGAGUGUGUCUUAGCCCCAUUGUGGUUAAGUUACAUCGACUUGCCCUCGCCAUUAAAACAAUGUUUCUCUCAUUGUGUCAUCUUUCCAAAGGACUACAACAUGGGUAAAAGUGAACUAAUUACUUUAUGGAUUGGUCAAGGUUAUAUUAGCGCAGCAAAUGAUAAGAAUUUGGAGGUGAUUGGUGAAGAGUAUUUCUAUAAUUUAGUUAUGCGCUCUUUCUUCCAAGAUAUUGAAGAAAAGAAGGAAUUCCAACUUUCGGGUGAUAUCAUUUUUUGUAAGAUGCAUGAUUUAGUGCACGAUUUUGCACAAUUUCUCAUGAAAAAUGAGUAUUGCAGCAUAGAGGUAAAUUGUCAUGAAGAACCAAGAAUAGAUUUCGAUCCUCUAGAAGUACGUCAUCUUGAUAUUAAACUUGGAGAACGAGUCCCUUUUCCUGUUUCCCUUUAUACGUUUACAAGGUUACGCAGUCUUAGAAUUUCGUCAUGGAGAAGCUCUUCAUUUAGAGUUGCCUUAAGUAUCAUCUUUAAUGAAUUGUCUUGUUUGAGAUCAUUGAGCUUAGAUGAUUGUGGUAUUUUAGAUAUCCCAUCUAACAUAAGUAACUUGAUUCAUUUGAGGCAUCUUGAUUUGUCUAGUAAUAAUUUUAAGUAUUUGCCUGAAACAAUAUGUAAAUUGUAUAAUUUGCAUGUUUUGGAUGUGCAAUGUUGUGGGAGUCAGAUAUCAUUUCCUAAAGGGAUAGAAAAACUAAUUAAUUUGGUCAAUCUAAAUAACUCUGGGAAUACUGAAUUCUUGCCAAAAGAAAUAGGGAGAUUAAAUGGCUUACAAAGUUUAGGGAAAAUUAAUAUUAGUCACCAUGAAAGUGGAGAAGCAACAUUAUCUCUUAGAGAUAUAAAAAACCUGAAUCAACUUGGUGGAGUCUUGUUCAUAAAUUGGAGGAGACAACAUGUGCUAGAUGUGGAAGAUGCUAAGGCGGCACAAUUAAAGGAUAAAAAGCAUCUAGUUAGAUUGAUUUUAAGUUUUGAUUUUGAAGUUGAAGAAUGGAGGAAAAAACACGAUGAAGAGUUAUUAGAAGCUUUAGCACCAUUUCCAGCAAAUUUGGAAUAUUUAUAUAUAGAGUAUUACCAAGGAACCAAUAAAAUAUGUUAUGGUCCAAGCUGGAUGAACUCACUGAUUUGUCUUAAAAAACUUCAUCUUUAUGGAUGGAAGUACUGCGAGCAAUUUCCAUCGUUGGGAACAUCACCUUCGCUUGAGUACCUAAUCCUCGAAAGGUUUGAGAGUUUGAAAAAAGUAGGAGUUGAAUUUCUUUGGAAGGAUCUUCAUGAAGUUUCUGAUAAUACUGCAUUAUUCCCCAAAUUGAUAGACUUACGAUUUAUAGAUAUGUACAAAUGGGAAGAGUGGACCGAUGAAGAUAUAUCAUUAGCGACGAAUGGAUGAGGAAAAGCAAGAAUGAUAAUGAAAUAAAAAUAAUGCCAUGUCUAAGCUUUUUACUGCUUAAUGGAUGCCAUAAGAUUGAUGUGUUGCCAUCUUUUAUUCUCCAAAAGACUUCACUCGAAAUUGUAAGAGUAUAAGUAUCUACGUACAAAGGCCAGGUUGGUUGCUUCUUCUUCUUUUGUUUUCUAUUUUGAAAUUAAUGAAACGAUAUUCUCUAACUGUUUACUCCUUUGAGGUUUCAAGGCAAUUUAAAAUUGGAUGCAUGUAUAGCUCAUGAACAAUGGAAAAAGCCGAGACAACCUAUUUAGCUUGCGAACUUUGAGGAUAUAGCGGUAGUAAAUGGUGUAGCUUGCAAGGAUGCAAAGAUGGUUGAAGCCAAUGACUUCUUCUUGUUCAACAUAUAUGUGUGCGCCUGAAAGGCUUCGAGUUUAUUUCUGUGUUUAAACUUUUUAUUUUUUGUUUUCAAGAUUGAAUUUUAUGUAAUGAUUUGUUUGUUUAACUUUAUGUAUUUGCAUUAAGAGAAGUCUAUCUUAAUUGGUGAAUGUCAAUGGAAUUUAACUAGUACUAUUAAGAGAAUUA